CCUUUGUCUCCUGCACAUGGGCUCAGCUGGAGUGUGGAGGGAGAGAGGGCCACUCUUUCACCCGGGUUCUGGGUCACCAGCAUCUCACAACUUUCUCUUCCCCUGAGGACACAGCCAGAAGUUCCUGCCAUGGACAGGUGGUACCUGGGCGGCAGCCCCAAGGGGGACGUGGACCCAUUCUACUACGACUAUGAGACCGUCCGCAACGGGGGCCUGAUCUUCGCCGCCCUGGCCUUCAUCGUGGGGCUGAUGAUCAUCCUCAGCAGACGAUUCCGCUGCGGAGGCAAGAGGAGGCACCGGCAAGUUCACGAAGAUGAGCUGUAAUGAGAGAACCAGCCUUUGCAUCAGGGCCGCCUAGGCAGCCUUCCCUGAGCCGUAGACCUUUGUCCCCGGCACUGCCAGGCCCUCGGGCUGAAGGAAGCUCCCGUGACCCCUGGGAUCGCCUCCUCCCACCCCCUGCUAAUAAUAAAGCCGGCCUCAGAGACGGUCCUUCCCUGGCCUGCCUCCCUCCCUCCUUCUCCCCUGUAACUGGCACCAUGCACUCCUCCACAUCGGAGUCAAUAC